AUUGUUAUGAGGACAAUGGAGGAAUUACACAGGCAAUUUAUCCAAGACCAGAUCAGGAAUUCCUGCGGACUCUGGGCAAAUCAUAGCAACAGUGGAGAAUCCAGUGUGGGUCUGGAGAGGAACCUGUGCAGGAAUCCAGACCAGGAUAAGCACGGUCCCUGGUGUCACACUACAGACCCCUCUAUCCCAUGGGACUACUGCAAGCUCAAACGCUGUGAUAAGUCUCCGAACAUCUCUGCCCACCCAAGAAGCAUCUCUCUCGUGUCUAAGACAUCCUGCUUCAUUCACAAGACCACCGGAUCGUUGGAGGGCCCAG